GUCUUUCCGUUUGAGCACAUCUCUGCAGAAGUAACAGGCGCUCUCCCCCGUGGGCUCUCGCUCCCAACGCUCACAUAGACACACCUGUGCAAGAAGCAGAGGGGAAGACAGAUCCAGGCCCAGAGGCCCUGCCUUUCCUUUGGGGGAAGGCCCAGGUCCCUGCCUGCCUCAGCAAAGCCACAAUGGACCCCAGAACCUCUCUUAGGCACCUGUUCCUGGUGCUGCAACUGGUGAUGCUCCCAGCCGGCACUCAGGGGAAGAAAGUGGUGCUGGGUAAGGCAGGAGAACUCGCAGAGCUGCCCUGCAAAGCUUCCCAGAAUAAGAGCCUGUUCUUCAGCUGGAAAAAUUCUUACCAGACCAAGAUUCUGGGGCGUCAUGGCUACUUCUGGCACAAAGGUGCCUCCAACCUGCACUCUCGAGUCGAAUCAAAAAUAAACCUGUGGGACCAAGGAUCCUUUCCUCUGGUCAUCAAGGAUCUUGAAGUACCUGACUCGGGGACUUACAUCUGCGAAGUGGAGGACAAGAAGAUCGAGGUGGAAUUGCAGGUGUUCAGAUUGACUGCCAGCUCGGACACCCGCUUGCUGCUGGGACAGAGCCUGACCCUGACCUUGGAAGGCCCCUCUGGUAGUAACCCUUCAGUGCAAUGGAAAGGUCCAGGCAAUAAAAGGAAGAAUGAGGCCAAGAGUCUGUCACUGCCCCAGGUGGGGCUGCAGGACAGUGGCACCUGGACAUGUACCGUCUCCCAGGCCCAGCAGACGCUGGUGUUCAACAAGCACAUCCUGGUGCUGGCCUUCCAGGAGGUCUCCAGCACAGUCUAUGCAAAGGAGGGGGAGCAGAUGAACUUUUCCUUCCCACUCACAUUCGGAGAUGAAAAUCUGAGCGGGGAGCUGAGUUGGCUGCAGGCAAAGGGGAAUUCCUCCCCCGAGUCCUGGAUCACCUUCAAAUUGAACAAUGGGAAGGUGACUGUGGGAAAGGCUCGCAAGGACCUCAAGCUCCGCAUGAGUAAGGCGCUCCCCCUCCACCUGACUCUGCCCCAGGCUUUGCCUCAGUACGCAGGUUCUGGAAACCUGACCCUGAAUCUCACCAAGGGGAAGUUGUAUCAGGAAGUGAACCUCGUGGUGAUGAGAGUGACUAAGUCCCCAAACAGUUUGACCUGUGAGGUGCUGGGACCCACGUCCCCCAGGCUGAUACUGAGCUUGAAGAAGGAGAACCAGAGUAUGAGGGUCUCAGAUCAGCAGAAGCUGGUGACCGUGCUGGGCCCUGAAGCAGGGAUGUGGCAGUGUCUACUGAGCGACAAGGGCAAAGUCCUGCUGGAAUCCAAGGUCAAGAUUUUGCCCCCGGUGCUCGCCCACGCCUGGCCGAAGCUUCUGGCUGUGGUGCUGGGGGGCAUCACCAGUCUUCUGCUUCUCGCUGGAUUUUGCAUCUUCUCUGCUAAAUGCUGGCACCGCAGGCGCCGGGCAGAGCGGACAUCUCAGAUCAAGAGACUCCUCAGUGAGAAGAAGACCUGCCACUGCUCGCACCGGCUCCAGAAGACAUGUAGUCUCACCUGAGGCCCCAGCCAGGAGGAGCUUCCCAUCUGCAGCCUCCCCAGCUGGCUCCCCCUGCAUUUCCUGUUGGUCUCCUGGGCCUGCGGACCAGAUGAAUGUAGCCGGCAUAGCGCCUCUGUCCACCUCCUGCCCUCCCCGUCCAGUGGGCCUUGGGUCCGCUCUUCAGAGGCUCACUCACACCCCCUCUUCCCCAUUUCCUUUUCACUCAAACCCUAGCCCUUCUUUGAUGAUUUCUUCUCCACCCUCUCCCUCACUGCUCACUUGCAUCUCAGGGGAGCACGUGGGACCGGCCCUGCCUGCCCUGGAGGGUGAGGCUGGGUGUCUGAAGCACGAAGCACAGGGCUGUCACUGUUCGGGAGAGGACCCUGGGACCAGAGAAGGCAGGGACUAGCCCAAGGUCACACAGCCCAUCAAGGACGGAUCCAGAUCCAAAGGCUCCUUCCUGACUGCCAGCCUGUGCUGCUCCAUUCUGCCUGCAUCUUACCCUGUGUUAGCAGAACCACAGACUUACAUCCUGACCUGAGCACAGACCAGCACCCUGGACACAUUCGUGCGCAGAUACAGUUCCUUACCACCCAAGCAGCGUGGUGCUGUCUACAAGUCAGUUUCACAUCCUUAGUCCAUUUGAACCUCAUGAAGAUCCUACAAGACUGGUAGUGACAGGACCAAGAUUACCAUCUCCAGCUUCUAGACCAGAAAUGGAAUGCAGAGAGGUCAGGUGAUGGCCUAGGUUCACACGGCUAGUACGUGGGCUAGCCCAGGUCUCUUGACCUCUAGGUCCACUGCUAUCUCUUGAACACAGGGACAAAUACCACACAGAUCUCUGCAGUUGGCUGGUCAUAGAUGCCCGGUACUACCUUGGAUUCCCUUCACCACAGGGAGGUUGCCUCAGAGAGUUCAGGGCCUCCCUGCCGAGGAUCCCUCCUCCAUCACAGCAGAAUCCUAUUACCAGAGGACAAAACCUGUAGUUCUCCUAAUCAGGGCACAGGCUGCGAGCACAGUGACCCGCCACUCACCCUGUCAGAACCUUCUAGAAGGUGAACUUUGCCAGGGGGACAGGGUGGAGAGCUGGCCAGAGAGUGAACCCUCUGAGGGUACCUCUGGGCCUCAGAGAUACCCACUGGGCCUCAGUCUCCCUGCCCCAUACCCCCCUUCAUCCCUCCCCCAAAUGAUUCAGGAGACAAGAAAAUUGGGUUUACAAGUUUUCUUCUUCCUCCUCUUCUUCUUUUUUUUUUU